GGCAUAGGUGCCUCUUCUGCCUCUGACCCGUGGCCCCCUCUGUCGCCCGACCCGAAGCAGCGCUCCUCCGGGCCUCGCCGAGCGGGCGCCCGCGGCCUGCGGCUCCGAGCGCCUCGAGGCGCCUGUCUCCGAGCUCGCGGGCGCGGCGCCGCCGCUGGGCGACUGCCCCGUGCUCUUCACCGGGCUGGGCGCCCUGGGGGCCUCGGAGGCGGCGCCGGCGUGGGAGCUCGCGUGGCGCGACGGGGCCCUGGCCUGGACGUGGGAGAGCCUGGCGCAGAGGCACGGGCCCCUGGAGGUGCCGCUGCGCAGCGUGGGCAGCGCGCUCCUCGCGCAGUUCUCCCACGCGGAGCUCCCCGACGCGCGGGCGCCACAUGCCCCGCGCCGCCCGCUGGCGUCGGGCGCCGCGCGCCUCGCGGACUUCCUGGAGAGGGCGCGCGGCGGAACCUCUCGCGGGAGCAGGUGUUCGUGGUCGGCCAGGCGGAGGCGGCGGCAGUCGGGCAGAUGGAGCAGGACUUCCCCCGCCCCCCUGCGCUGCGCGGCUGGAAGAACGCGGUCCUCUCCAUCGGUGCCCACAACGCCUCGGCGGCCUUCCACACCCACCACGCCGCGUGGCUGGCGACCGUCCGCGGUCGGAAGCGGUGGUACCUCUACCAGCCCAGCACCGUGCCCUUCGGCGUGGACGAGCGCUACAUGAGCUCGAGCUGGUGGGAGGUCGCGGAUGCUCGCGUCGGCCAGUGCUCGCAUGCUUCGGUCUCGGACGAGAGUUGCCAGCAGUUCCCGCCCCCAGUCGUUUACGACGUCGCCGAAGGGCAGGCUCUUUACGUCCCGAUGGGCUGGUGGCACGGCACGGUCAACGUCGGCGCCACCAUUGCCGUCGGGACUCGCUGCAGGGCUCCGCGACCAUGAAGGACUACAAGCGCCUCCUGCAGGCCUUCCCGCGCACGCCCCACGCGGAGGUCUCCCUCGCCCUGCGCCUCGCCGAGCGCGCCGGCCGGCGCGGCGAGCCGCCGCCCCCGCGCAGCCUGGAGCUGUCGUCCCGCGCCGCAGACAGGGGCACAACCCGUACGACUUCUACGCCCGCGCGCAGCGGAUGAGCAUGCUGCUGAGCGAUGGCGUCAGCAGAGGGCGCGCGGAGCCGCGGGUCGUGGAGGUCAAGGCAGAGAUGCAGAGCGCUCUGGACCUGCUGCGGUCGCUGCGCAGCUCCGGAGUGCUGGCGGCAGAGGACCGGGCAGCCUACGCCCUUCAGACCCUGGCGAUCCUGGUCUACGAGGCCCCGGCGUACGCGGUGCCAGACCUGCGGGCAGCCGGGAUGUUUGCCUCCGCCGCCGAGCUGUACUCGGAGGCUCGGCGGCUGGUGCCCGGGAGCACGCAGAACCUGAUGCGGCUGGCUGGCGCCUACAGCGAGUUCAACAAGACUGCCAGCGUGGUGAUCCGCGGACUGAUUGCAAAGCUCGACCCUCAUGACGACACCACACACGUCAACUUGCUCACUCAGCUCAUGCUUUCGGGCGCCAGCGAGGGGAAACUCGAACAAGAACUGGACGCGGUGGAGUCGGCAUUGUCGACCGACCCUGAGGUCUGCCCCCUGAGGCUGAGCCGCGUGCUGCAGAAGGCCACCCCGCCUGCUGGCCAUGCCCUCCACACCUUGGUCCGAAAGCGCAAGGAUCGGGCGACGAGAACCACGGGCAUGCACCGAUACCGGCCAGGUCAAUCCUGGGCCCAGGGCCCGUGCAGAUCAUCCAGGGUCCGGCCCCCCUUCCAAUGCUGAGGGGCUCAGCCUCCGACUCCCCGUGGGUGUGGUGUGGUGCUGGCGUGCCCCCUCCCCCCAUCCUUUGG